AUGCCCCUCCUCCGAGCGGGCUUCCCCGCCCUGAUAGUGUGCCUGCUGCUGCUAUUACCCCAAGUCCACGCGUUUGGUGCCGGAAACAUUGCCUCAAUCUCCGCCGUCGAGGGGAAAAACUGGCGCCAUGGCGAUAUCGAAGAUAUCCUCAAGACAGUCGCAUUCAUCCACGGGCAUAAAUGGACGUCCACCAUGAUCAAGCGCGUAUACUUUGGAAAUUGGUUGCGCGACUAUUCGCAGGCAAUGGAUGUCGGGACCCUGAAAAAUCUCCAGGCCGAAACAAUCCGUGUGCUUGUGUGGGUCCUCUCGUUCCUGAGUUUCGGCUAUGCGACAGCCGAAUUUGAAGUCACCUCCGAUCGCCUCGGGGUUUAUCGGCCAGAGGAACAUAUUGAUAACCCUAAAGAUUACGCCGACAAUGAGGAUGCGCGUCAGUACGAUAAACGCCUGCGACCCCCGGUCCGCAAUGUUGAGCUGGAAAUCGAUCCCGAGACGGGAAUGAAGAACUAUAUCGCUAAUGAGCGCGGUGACUGGGCUACCAGUGCUGCCUAUGUCAAAUUCAGUUUAAGCCGCAGUAUUCACUACGGACGCAUGUACACCAAUGGCGGAGGCAGUAAGGGCAAGGAAGAGGAUCUUUGCGAAGCACUCAGAUGCCUCGGCCAGGGUCUCCACACGCUUGAGGACUUUGCCGCGCAUACCAAUUAUUGCGAGCUAGUUCUUCGUGAGAUGGGCAUGCACAAUGUGUUCCCGCACACCGGCACGGCCACGCAAUGCAACGUUCGUGGACACCAUGUCUUCCCACUUGUCACCGGUACCUUUGGCAUGGUUGAUUUCUUUCACUCCGUGCUGGGAGAGGCCACCGACCACUUUACUCAGUCUGAGGUCAACGAGAUGGACCUGGCACUGGGUGAUGCAGAGAAUAAUUCCCAGUCUAAUAACUCUCUUGGUUCUCUUACUGGGCUUUUGGGCAAGAUUCCGGGUACAAGAGAUCUCGUCGCUGAAGCUGAGAACCUGAAGCAUCAGUCCGAAACACAGGAGACCCUCAAUCGCUCUCGGGGGUCGCAUAUGGGCUACGCAGAGACCAGGGGAUCUCGUGCUGCGACGCCUCAGCCUUCAUCUGGUAGCUCUGGCCCAGGUCCAGGUCUCAGUGGCAUGCCAGAUUUCAAUCCCCAAGAGACAGUGUCCAAAAUCUAUCCCAUUCUGGCCUUCCGCGACAAGGUGGUUCGCAAACUCAAUUCAAUCAUCGAAAAGGUUCCCGGGCUCGAGUCUCUCAUUGAGAAGAUCUCGGAGACUUUGACUGUCUUCAUCAUGUCUCUCCUAGCACCUUUCGUGAGACCCCUGAUCAACGCUGCCUCGAAGUCUUUACAGACCGGCUCUGCGGGCGUUGUCGAAGCAUCAGGAAAGCACCAAUAUGAGCCCUGGACUGAUCCCCACUGCACCGAUCCCACCCACUCGCUACUCUCCAAGGACCAUUUUGCCAACAUCCUCAACGAACCCGCCGGACAAGUUGCCUCUGUGAUUGUCAAGUAUGUUGCUCCCCGCGUGCUCUACGCCUGGCAACACCCUGACGUGCCCGAGCACGAGGUUCUUAACGACUGCCUGCGCGUAUUCCAUCACCCCGUUCUCCGGGAUAUGAACAACGAAGCGCACAGGUCGAUGUUCGAAGCCGUCCAGAACUGGGCUCACUCUCGUCCCGAUCGUGGCGCCAAUUUGAAUGACGUACUCAGCUCCGAGGGCGUCCGUUCAGGCAAGAACACCGGUGGUGUUCCUCACACGCACGGUGGCGGCCAGGGUGGGUUCGCUGCACUAGGCGGUAACCAUGGGCAUGGACAUGGUCACAGCCAACAGGGACAACCAUCCGGUGGUCAUCAAUCAUUCUUUGGGUUUGGCCAGUCACAGCAGCAUGGACAACAACAGUCGCACUCGUCCGGUUUGCCUUGGGAUAAACUCUCCAGUCUUCCGAUUCCCGGUAUGUCGAACUUGAAUAAGCUUCACGGUCUUGAAAGUAAGAUCUCCAACUUCAUUCCUGGUGGGCUUUCGCACGGCUCGUCGAGGGGUGUUGAGGAUGAUGGGGCUGGGAAUGCGGGUGGGGAUGGAUCACAGCACCAGCAUGGUCAGCAGGGGCAUGGAAAUAGCGGAUAUGGAUAUUAA